CUUUUUCACAGAUCCACGCAUUACGCUUUUUCUCUUUCUUUUUUUCACUCCUUUUCUCUUAUCUAUAAUCAAAAACAUGUUUAACAAUUUUGAUGAUGAAGAUCCUUUUUCUCCUUCCAACUUUUUUAAUAGUAAUGUUCGACAUCCAUUUGCUCCUUUAGUCAACCCAAAUAGACAAUUCACUGAAUGUUAUCGUUGUUAUCCUAUUGUUAUGAUGCAAAGUGGAAGUGAAAGAGGAAAUGUUAAUUAUGGAGGAAAAAUUAUAUUACCACAAUCUGCCUUGGAAAAAUUAUCUCAACUCAAUAUAUCUUAUCCAAUGUUAUUUCGUUUAAUCAAUGCUUCACAAAACAAACAUACUCAUGCCGGUGUAUUGGAAUUUAUUGCUGAAGAAGGAAGAGCUUAUUUACCACAAUGGAUGAUGCAAACUCUUGGAUUGGAACCUGGUCAACUUUUGGAAGUGAAAAAUACAACAUUACCUUUGGGUUCCUUUGUCAAAAUUCAACCACAAUCUACAGACUUUUUAGAUAUUAGUGAUCCUAAAGCUGUAUUGGAAAACGCUCUUCGCAACUUUUCUACUUUGACUUUGGGUGAUACUAUACAAAUCAAUUACAAUGAUAAGAUUUAUGAAAUCAAGGUAUUAGACGUCAAACCUCAUUUUGAAGAUCAUGCUGGUAUCUCUAUUGUGGAAACUGAUUUAGAAGUAGACUUUGCUCCUCCUGUUGGUUAUGUCGAGCCUUCACGUUCUGUGCCUGCUCCUUCUUCAAUGAGUCAAAUGGUCCUCGAUGAACAAACAACAACCAGUGGAAAACCCGGUUUUACUGCAUUCCAUGGAUCAGGUCAAUCAUUACGAAACAAAGGAAAAGAAGCACAAAAAGCUGUGGCAUCAGAUCAAGCAUCAUCAUCACCAGCAUCAUCAUUUGACGUGAAUGAUGAUGGGCCGUUCAAUCUCCCAUUUGGACAACUCUACUUUGGUUACCCUGUCAUCCCUCCCAAAAGCAAGACAGCCAAUACUGAAAAAUCUUCCAACGCAUUCUCUGGUGCCGGCCAAUCUUUACGUGGAAAAAAGACGAAUAGCAACAAAUCUGCACGAUGAUCCUUCAAAUUUUGACUUACACACACACUUAUAUAUACACUUACAUUAUCCUUCUGCGCAUCACUAUUUAUAUUAUUGUUUUUCCUCUUCUUUUACAUUUAUAUACACACAUCUCUUCCGUGAUAAGCAUCCCUUGUAUAGUAUUCAAAAGGUUUACAUUGUCAUGAAAUAAACAAACAAAAUGCUUCAAAGUUUCUCUCUCGUUUCUUUCAAAAAAAA